AGCGACAACGACAACGACAACGACCUGUUCAGCCUACACAGCACUCAGGGAACGAUAAAAGGCGACUAACAGAAAAGAUCACAUAGGGCAGAAGACUCCGAGGUUGUGAUGCUCAGCUCAAUUGGAAAGAUGCUCAGUGGACGCAGCGCAGAGGCUGAAGGCAGCAAUGAGAGUCCCGGAGAGACAACGAAAAGUGAAGUCUCUGAGGCACUGGUGGACGAGUUCUUCAAGGCGAUCCAAGACCAGGAUACCGAGAGCGUGCGUCGGCUGCUGGUUGAUCACAAGACAGACCUGACGACGACGAGGGUUCGACAGAAACCUGCAACGGGUGUUGGAUUCCCUGCAGAAGUUGAGAGGGAUGCGUAUACGCUGUUGGGAGCGUAUUUGGGGCCCAUGACUGGGCUGCAGUAUGCGAUCCUGACAGGGAAGGAUGAUAUUGCGAAGGAUAUCCUGGACGCGACUUUUGAACAGGAUAUCGAUGCGAGGUUUGGGAACGGAAACACGGCACUGCAUCUGGCGGUUCUGUUGGGCGCCUCAACCAUGGUCUCAGCUUUGGUUGAGCGCGGUGCAGAUAUCACGCUCAAGAACAAGCGCGGAUAUACUGUGCUGGACAUGUCAGACAAUCCAGGUAUUUUGGACCUUUUGAAAGCGGGAGGCAUGCAGGAGGAGGAAGAAUAGGACUCAUAUACUCUCUUGAGCAAAUCGCAUGGAAUAUAGCAGAGCAUUCGGAGGCAGGGACUGAGAGGCGCUACUGCCAACAAUGUUAUCGACACCCUGGAAUGAUUGACCGGAAGGAGUACGUGUAAUAGAAGGCGAGAUGAUUCUUAGGCGAAACGACAACGUAACUCGAUGGACGAUAAUAGUACACUUUUUCCAAGAUGCAAUAAAGAAACGCGUCCAGAUGAGACAUUGCGGGCUAGGCCUUAAAGACGC